AUGCCCUCAGAGGGGGAGGGGAGCGGGAACAGGCCGAGAGCGGCCCCCCAGCCCCCAACACAGGACAGGAGGCAGUUCUGCCAAGGGCUGGGCGGGAGCUGUGGCGACCCCAGGGGCCCGAGAAGGGGACCGACCACGGGUUUGGCCAAGAACGCAACCACCCUUCCUGUCUGGCCCCACAAGGGGGUGAAAGGUGGCAGCAUCUUUUCCUUCUAGAGCCUUCCCCGGCGCCUCUCCCAGCCCAUUCCCUGGGGUUCCGGUGGCAGCAUAGGGGCCUCAGGGGACAGCGGGGCGGGGAUGGGCCGACCCUCCGAGAUGCCCAGGCCGCCGCCGCCCCUCACCCGUCUGGGAAUGAGACCCAGGGAGUCCUGGGCACCUGCGGCGCCCCCCUCCCCGCCCCGCCCCGCCCCGCCCCUGCCUGGGCGGCUCAGGGGCUGGCUCCCUCGGGUCCAGGGCACAGUUCCUGCCGGCCACCACGAUGCCAUGGCAAGCGCUCCCGCCGGCCCGAAGCCCCAGCCUCUGGCCUCCUACCUUGUUGGUCAGGGCCAGUCAAGUCCCUGCUGCAGAAUUUUUCCUUUCUGCUUCCCCCACCCCGGCCAACGUGAGGCGACGGGUCGGCCGCAGUCAAAUGGUGUUUUCUUUCUCGAGCCCGACGGAAAGGACCCGUCUGGUGACACCACAUUAAAAACUGUGCAGGGAGCUGUGACAAAGGUCUGUAAGGACCACGGCUUGAUUGAUGACUUGAUCUACUUCAGUAGUGAUGUUGUGACUGGCAGUGUGUUUCUGAACGUGGGACAAAAAGUCACUGCUAUUGUGGAAGAAGAUAAAACAUAUGGAUGGAAAGCGGUCAAAGUGGUUGCUCUCUGUGAUAGUUGCCAUGGCAAUGGAAUGUCCAACUCCUACGCUAGAGUUUCAUUUGCCUCUAUUACCUCUGCAGAGGAAGGGGCUGACUACAUUGAUCAUACAACUUACUUCUCACUAGAUGUUGUUUGUAAAGGUUUUGAGCCUUACCAAGGAGACCGAGUAGAAGUUGAGUUUUCCACCCAAUCAGACACGUUGGGCAGAAGAGCCCUGUCGGUGAAGCCUCUGAGACAUAAGCAUGUGCAUGAGGUCUACAUUACUAGCCUACAUGGAAGAAAUGGGGUGAUAGAUGACAGCAUCUUUUUCACCUUGGAAUCUCUGAAGCUUCCCGAUGGAUACACACCUCAAAUAUCUGAUGUCGUUAAUGCUGUCGUGGUGGAGAGCAGUCAGUCCUGCUAUAUGUGGAGAGCAAUCUCCAUGACUCCAGUGAAAAGGUGGUAAUGAGAAAUGGCAUUUGUAGUCCCCGUGAGGCUUUUCUUCUCUUGUCAGUAAAGAGCCUGGCUUGAAAGUGUUUUGUGAUGAGUAGUUCAGUAAACCUCAGGAAUUAAUUCAAAUGCAACCUUUCAAGUCCUGUGUGGGUUGGCUCCGUGGAGUGUACCUCCUGGAUAGUGGUCAGCAGUUUUUGUUAUUGAUUAAAGACAUUUUCAUCGUAA